AUGCCAACAGAAAUCCUCUCCCCCCUGCACUUCCACACCCUCCUCACCAGCACCCCCUACCUCAUCGCCGACUUCUACGCCACCUGGUGUCCGCCGUGCAAACAAAUCGCACCCGUUUACGCACAGCUCUCGUCCACGCACGGCUCCAAGAGCUUCGCGUUUGUGAAGGUCAACGUCGACGAGCAGCGCGAAUUAGCCGCCACGCAUGGCGUGAGCGCGAUGCCGACGUUUGUGCUGUUUAAGGGGGGGAAGAGGGUCGGGGAGGUUCGGGGUGCGGAUGUGAGGGAGUUGAAGAGGGUGGUUGAGGGGGUUGUUGGGGAGUUGAGUAGGGGGGAGGAGGGGAAGAAGGGGAAGGUGGAGGAGCAGAAGAAGAAGAAGACGGUGGUAAAUGAUGAUGAGAAGAGGGGGGAAGGGGGAGAGGAAAAGACGGCCAGCCAGGCCAUUGAUGAGCUAGGCCAUAAACGAGGAGACUUCAACGAGGAGACUUGCUUCAACGAGCCAGGCCAUUGA